AUGGGUGAUUACGUCGGCCAAGUUGAAGCACGUACACAUCUUUACGAGUCAAUGCCACGGAUAAUGGGGCCGCUUCUGGAAUUAUUCGCACCUGAGUGUCAUCAGAUCAGAUCAUCUAUGAAAUCAAUGAAGAAGACGAUCGUGCCAGAACUUAGACGUCUCCUUAAGCAGAAACGAGCGAGUCCACCAACCAAUGAUGACCACUUCUAUGCCAGCUCAAUGAUUGAAAUUGCGCUAAAAAAGGGACCCCUCAGCCGCAAUGGAGUUACGAAGGAUGAAGAACAUCAUAUUGAUAUGAUGGCUGAUGAGACUAUGUUCAUGUUCUUUGAAGCGGUUGAACCCACAACGAUGAUCCUAGCCGCCUUCAUUGCCCGAUUGUUACGCCAUAGAGAGUUCCUCGAGCCGAUUAGAUUGGAGCUGGAACAGGCCCUGAAAUUGAAUGAUGGCAAAUGGAACUUCGAUCUCUUCAAUCACACCCCGAGAUUUGAGAGCUUCAGUAGGGAGGUCCUUCGCAUGGACUGCAUCAAUAUGGUUGCCGGUAGUCGUCAAAUUGUCAAGGAGCCAGUGACAAUCAAAUCACUUGGCAUGACCUUCGGCCCUGGAACGAACCUCACUACAUCGGGUGCAUUUACCCAUCUAGACCCCGACUUCUACCCAGAUCCUACAAGAUUCGACGGCAAUCGUUUCUAUAAGCCUGAUUUAACGGCCAGCGACAUCCUCCGCGAUACGAUCUCACCCAAUGAACAAUGGGUGUCUUUCGGACUUGGAAUCUCGUCAUGUCCCGCAAGGCUACUGGGGACCAGGCUGUGCCAGGUCAUGGCCGCAAAGAUACUCUUGGGGUAUCACAUAGAAUUGGCACAUGAAGAUGGCAAAUGUCCAGAUUUCAAUAUAUAUGUGGAUGCCGUCGGAAUCCUGAACCCAGAGAUCAGGAUGAGAUACAAAAGCCGGCAGUAAAGCUAGAAACCAUGCCUCUGGAGCGAGUGAGUGAUGCUGAUGUUUACACUGGUUGAUAAUUGCCAUUUUGUAAACUGGUUUGGAAGACAAAGCCGUUUUUUGAGAGUGUCGGGACUAGUUUUCCGUUGUUAUCUCUCUAAUAUAAUUAAUAUACUAUCUACAUUCCUUAGGCCCAGCCCUCAGUUUCCGGAGGGCAGUAAUAAUUUACUAAUACCUCCUAUCUUCCUCCGCCUCUGCAGCGGAAGAAGACAGGUCACACCGCAUAAUUGAAUUGGCUUUUGUACGAAAGUGGGCUUGCAAGCCCAUCCCCCGAGGCUUGUCACUAUGUAGUAAUGAAUACUCUGGCCGCAGUUUGAUGGACCAAGAGACCCUCAAUAUUACAGCUGGUGCAACCAAGUUCAUACAGUGGGCGCACAGCAUCUAUUGUUUGUUCUUCGCCCAACUUAUACAGGGAGUGAUCGCUUAUCUCCCACCCUGUACUUAGCCUCGAUCUAUUCGACCAGAUGCGCCCCCAGUGGAGUAGACUCAUGCAGGAAACCACCACUGAGUUGGUCAAGCCAGCCAGCCAGUCACCACCCGUAAUUUUCCCAAAUAUCAGCCAGGCUAGAUUAAGACGUCCCCAUUCCCCAAAUAUUGGCUGGAGAUCAAGAAACAUGUAACAUCCUAUGAGUAGAUCGGUACUCCGUAUAUAGAAGUUUCUCUGACCUCUUUGAUAUCUUUGAUAAUUAUGAGAACUUUUAGGCUCAGAAGAUCAAGGAUCCCUCCCCUCAGACGGCCUUUCAUACCAUUGAG